AUGGAGAAGCUUGUUAGGUCUUGUGACAGAGAGUAUAUGAGAAUGGCUAUGUUAAAGCAUGAAGAAACUUUCAAACAACAGGUAUAUGAACUUCAUCGAUUGUAUCGAAUACAAAAGAUAAUGAUGCAAAAUAUGGAGGCGAGGCGAGGCGUUGAAGUGAAAGAACAAGAAUGGUACUUUAGAAACGCGAUUAGCUUAACUCAAAAUGCUAAUUGUUCUAAAGAUGCGCGAGGAAAAAGGACUCGAAUCAAAUUUGAUCUCGAAAGGCCAGCUGAGGAGCACAUUGCAGAAUCAGAUGACGACGAGGGGAUAGAUCUCAUCGAUGAGAUGGAGAUUGAGUUGACAUUAGGCCCGUCGCGAUAUACCCGUAGCAAGAAAGGUGAGACACCAAUAACUUCAGAUUCAGGACAUAGCUUAUCUUCAUCUUCAUCUGGAUCAAGUGACAUAAACAAGAUAAGAAGAUACAUGACACAUCAAAAAAGAGAAGAACCAAGUGGAAUUACUCGUAACACCUUUGGUAUUGAAGAACAGUUAAGACAACAAGAGAGAUUAAAACAGUCACCUUGGUUUUUUCAAGUGAUGAAUCUAAACAUGACAUAA